UUCGUCAUUAUUCAAUAUACUGCAUACAGCAAACAAAGUGUCUCUGACUCUGCUUCUGUACAUAUUUCAGACGAGUGAUAUAUUUCUUAGUGCGGACGGUCAAAUAUUGAAAUAAUAUUACUAAAAAUAUUAUAACUGGAAAUAUAUUCACAAUAAUUAUUUUUUACAUUAUAAUUCAAAACUUUAUAAUCGCUGGUCAUAGAGUUAAAUACCAGUUGAAAAAGGCCAGCAACUAUUUUAAGUGUGGGAAUAACUAAUUUUGUGCACUUAAACCUGGACUUAUAUUAUCUGAAUAAAAAGUAAGACAUUGAUGUUUUACAUUUCAAAGACAGCACAAAAUGUAUGUUGAAUACUGCUACAGUUUUCUAUGCGGAUGUACUGUUCUAGCGUGUGCCUUAGCGAGUCACGUGUUCAGUAAUUCCAUCUUGGAAACAGCGGAAGAUUUGAACCGGAAACAGACGUUGAAGUGUAACAAUCCCUGCCCUUUCGGCUUUAAGUCGGAUGUAGAAGGGGAGCUCAUGUGUGAAUGUUUCGACCCAUGCUCAUACAUAAUGUGUCUACAAGGCACCGUCUGCGUAGCGGAGAUGCCGAAAAGCUGCCAAAGCGGGGCAUGCAAAGCAGAAACUAGAUGUGAAAACCGGAAGGAAAUCGUACAAGAGAAAAUAAAGAACGAGAUCUACCAGAACUGGGAAGAUAUAGCCGGAAGUCUACCGCGGGACGACCCUUUUGGAGGCGACGUGUGUUCCCAGAUCCUCCCCACUGAGGCUGUAAUGUGUUCCCAGCAAAAACCCCGAUGGCAUUUUAAUCCCAUGACCGGAAAAUGCGUGCGUUUCAGCGGUUGUCCGACCGCGGGAAAUAACUUUGCACGAAAAUAUUACUGCAAGCAACAGUGCCGCUACAAACAUUUGGGCAUUGAUACAGUGAACCGAUUUCCAUCACAAGAAGACGAAUUCUGCUCGCAAACUUUGACUGAAGAAGCAUUUACAUGUGAAACAAAAACGAAAAGAUGGUUCUACAGCGUGAGAACUGGCAGAUGUGAAAAGUUUAUGGGCUGCAAAACUAGCGGAAACAAUUUCUCAAGAAAGAUAUCGUGUAAAGCCAAGUGUCUCAGAAAAAGAACAUAUACCAAUGUUUACAAAGAUUUCCAUUCAACAGACACGGUGGCUAGGUAAAGUUCGACCCGUGCAUUUAAUCCAGAGCAUUCUGUGAUACACACUAGCGAUCUUGGCCAGUAUUGCGACCGCUCGUCUCUGACGUCAUCCAAUUGCGUCACAAGAUCAUGUGCUUAAAACAUGCAGGACAUCGUGUCACCUGACCACAACACCUCCCUCACUGUGUCUUGGUCAGACUGUUGAGUGCUACCGACUGUGGACGUUAAAACAAUGUCCACGACGUUUUGGAACGUUUCCAAUUGUGUUUUGUAGUGUCAACGAUGGUAACGUGUUCCGUUACUUUAACACAGUGAUCAUUUACAGUGUCGCUUUGUAGAAACGCGCAUGCUCUUUCUGACUUGUGCUCAGAGAAAAAUGCUGAGCAUGGAAAAGCAUGCCAAGUGUUAUUGCCGGUAACUGUUUGACUUUAUAUCUGUUCUUUUAUACGACAAAGGCCAAUUGUUCUUUUGAAAAACAAACAACGCUAUAUGGUUUCUCAUCUUCUUACGCAAUUGGAACACCUCAGCCAUUUUCAAUCGAAAACAACCUCUUAUGCCGGUGCAUUAGUUAAAGUAGUUCGUAAAUUUAAUAAUUUACAGUGUUUUAACUUGUAUAUUUUUACUACAAACUUCAUAUUGAUUCCCCAUGAAGUGCAUUAUUGCAUAAAUAAUUAAUAAUAAAGAUUCCUAAUAGCAAAGACCUUAGGCUUAACUACUUAAUUGAAAUUACUACGCACUCUACUUGGUGCGUAGUUAAAUGUAAAGAAUGCUGACGUCUUAAACCGUCCAAAUACGUUCGAGGUUGGUUUUGAUGAAAAAUCGCCGAGGUGCUCCGAUUGCAUCUUAUAUGACCAUACGUAGAGAGUUGCAUAACUAUGUGUGCUAAACACAUAACUCAGUUGUUAUCAUAAAACAACAGCGUUUCCUGACGCUUUAGCAUUUACAAUUUUGAGCAUAUGAUGCAAAAUAGUUCGUCUAUCAUGUUAGUUUAUAUUACUUUCAAAAGAAGUUGUCAGUCUAACUUCUCAUAUUUCCUGUGACUUUCGCGCAUUUAGUAGAUGUAUCGGUCAGUCUAAUAGUCUGCAUCAGUACGUCGAAGACCAAAUCUUAUAUACUAGGAAUCAAAGUAGCCCUGAAAUAUACUCCAAUUUUCACAUUCCAUAAUUAUGCAUAGGUUUCCAUAGAGAGCUACAUGUAGUAUUAACUUGUUUGGCAAGCUUUUGCAAAUAUUUAAACUAAUUUAUGAUUCUUUAACAACAACGACAAAAAGAAUGGAAAUUGUUUUUUUUUUAAACCAUAUAACAACAUAAGACGCCUUAAAUUGUAUGUGUUCGAGUCGGUGUAAAACACUUAAAUCUAUUCCAAAUCAAAAUUCAUCCUAACGAUCUCCUUGUUUUGGAGAGAAUGCUUCAUCAAAUUGAUUUUUCCACUGCAGUGAAAAUAACAGCAGUGAAAAUAACAUGCUAUUUCACCAAAAAAGCAUAAACGAAACUGUAUUCAUUGACACGUAUCAUGAUAACUGUUAUAAUAAGUCUAUAUUAUAACUACUCUGUGGUGUUAAAAUAACAUGCUAUUUCACAGAAAAGCAUUCAAGAAACUGUUUUCAUUCACAAGUAUCAUGAUAACUGUUAUAAUAAGCUUAUAUUAUAACUUCUCUGUGGUGUAAACUAAUUUGUGAGGGGAACAAUUAUGUUAUAAUGUGUGUUUCUUCUAUGUAUUAACACGUAUGUGUAUGUGCAAUUCUCUUGUUGUUUUAAAUUUUGUGUACAUACAUGAUUUCAAUUUCUCCGACACUAAAUUUUUAGUCCAAAUAUUUGGUAAUGCUGUAAAUCCUUUUCUCCCACCCCAAGUAAGUACGUUCAAAUAUUCAACCAUGCUGAAAGUCCUUAUCUUGCACACGGGCAAAGAAAAAGGACCCAUAUGUAAAAACAAUGAAUUGAAAUACAUUUUUCUACAUUUUGUUAAACUGAGGUGGAAGAAAAGGCAUCUACCAUGGCUGCCCGUGUAAGAUAGGUUCAUCCAAACCCACGCGCAGAGUGUUCUUCGGAAACUUGAUAAACCUCUUUUCCACAAAACACCCUACACUCGGGUUGGGAUGAAAUUAUCUUACCCCUCUCGGCCAUGAAAAUACUUAAACUAUUCUUGUUUUAUAGAACUCACAAUUGUUUAUUAAAUGUUUUACUUCGUCAUCAUGAUUCCAUUCUCAGUUUUUCUCAUAUGACCUACUUUACAAAAAGACAAAGCACUCACGAAUUUAGCAGAUGUGUCACAUUUAUGCAAAUCAGUUACUAUUUAUAUCUUAUGUGUUCUUACAUGUUUAGCAGUUUAAAACCGUUAAGUACAUAUCAACAACAUCAAUAAACAUUCAUCAUGUAUGGAAUGCUGUUAGGAAAAUCGCAGUCAUCAUGCAAAAAAGUAAAAGUGUUCACUGUCUUGAAAUUAGAGACUAUUGGUCUAUUAUUAUUGGAUUAUUGGACUAUUGCUAAGUUGGUAGCAUAGAAUUAAUGAACAAUUGAUAUAUCGAGAAUAUACAAACAAUUUGUUUGUGAAUUUGAAUAGUGUCAACUUUACAUAGAAUUGGGGACAAUGUGUCCAAACAUCUAUACAUUCAAAUGUAAGCAAAUUAAAAGCUACUUUUAUAUAAAUGUAGAAACUAUUCUUUAGAUGUAAAAAAUGCAUUUUUUAAACGUAAUUUUUUUUCAUUUAAAUCAUUCAUGUUAGGUCAGUUUAUCUUAAAUUCAAUUUCUAUGAAAAAGAUGUUUGUAUAUGCUUUAAUAAUAUGGUUUAUAUGAGUUUAUGCAUUUUGCUUUCACGUUUCUAGGUAUUUACGGCAUAAUUCCGAUUAAACAAUAGUUGCCAUACCUUUAUUAAAUGAACACCUUAUUAUGGAUAAUUAUGAAAUAGUACAAGUUUACAUUUUAGUUUUAAUCAUGCUAGCUUGAAAUAAACACCGCAUUCAUCAUUGUUCAUACUCAUUUAUUUAUUUCUUGCAAUGAACUUGUGAGUAACAGAUGUGUAAAAUAACAAAAUUACAUUUUCUAAUAAAUUUGA